CGCCUCAUGACGCACCUUCGUACGUCACGUCCGCGUACAGCCACUUCCGGGUUUUUCGCACAGCAACAGGAGGGUUCUGCGGAGAUGGCGGACCGCAGGGUCCCCCUCUAAAUAACGGCGCGGAGCCGAAGUCGAGCGUGGGGCCGGCGACUUGUUUUUUUUUAAAAUCCGGGUUUUUAUUUUGAGGCUGUAUGGAGAGAAGCGGUCCCCCGGGACUGUCGCUGUGAGGCUGCAUGGCGUCCGCUCAGGUCCGGAUCGGCCAGCAGGCCUUGGCCGUGCUGGACGUGGUCCUCCGGGUCCCCUGCGUCUUUAUUAUCGACGCCAUUUUUAACUCGUACUACGACCCCGGGUCAGGAUGGGCCGAAGCGGCGGGGAGGAUAUUUGUCCGAGUCCUGGGUGUCCUGGUGUCCAGUGUGGUGCUAGUGCUCUCCCAGAAGGCCUUGUUCAAGUUUUACACCUUGCUGUUUGCCGUCCUGCUUGGCGUGGUGGCCGUCCUCAUCAACUACUACACCACCUCCCACAUAGACUUCUAUAGUGCUUACUAUAAAGCCGUGCUGGGCUUCAGACUGCUGCCCCGGAAUGGGCCCACCCUCUGGCUGGGAGUGGCCAUGGUCCAGCUGCUCUUCAGUGUGGGCUACGUCUUCCUUCUCAACCUGCACUCAGUGUUUGCAGCGCUGGUGGUGUUGGACGUCAUGGUCCCCCUGUGGGGGCUGAUUUUAGAGCUGCCUGCAGACGUCAGACAGCUGGUGGCGGUGCUGUCGGGCCUAGCUUUGGCCCUGAAUACGGCUGUAUGCCUGGCCCUGCGCCUGCGGUGGUUCUAUUACUCGUGCCGGUACGUCUAUCUGCUGGUGCGGCACAUGUACCGGCUCUACGGUCUUCAGCUGCUCCUAGAGGACACCUGGAAGAGGAUCCGCUUCCCAGAUGUACUGCGGGUAUUCUGGCUGACCCGGGUUAUGGCCCAGGCCCUGAUCUUGGUCUACGUGGUACGGGCGGUCCGGCAGGAGAGUGGUGAGGUCAUAGGUGGGACAAUGGAUGCCAGCACUAACCCACAGAGUUACCUGCUGAGUUGGGACGUGCUGUGGGACGUGUCCAGUAACCUCAUCAUCUCGGGAUGUGACUCCACCCUCACCGUGCUGGGCAUGAGCGCCGUGAUCUCCUCGCUCGCCCACUACCUGGGCCUCAGCAUCUUGGCCUUCAUAGGCUCUACAGAAGAAGAGGACAAACGUCUGGGUUUUGUGGCACCGGUUCUGUUCUUCAUCCUGGCACUACAAACGGGCCUCAGCAGCCUUGACCCAGAGGAACGGCUGGUCCGUCUGAGCCGGAACAUGUGCCUUCUGCUGACGGCCAUCCUUCACUUCAUCCACGGUAUGACCGAUCCGGUGCUCAUGUCAUUGAGCGCGUCGCACGUCUCCUCGUUCCGCCGUCACUUCCCUGUGCUGCUGGUUUCCCUGGUGCUUUUCAUCCUGCCCGUGGCCCUUAGCUACGCUCUCUGGCACCACUACGCGCUCAACACCUGGCUGUUUGCCGUCACCGCCUUCUGCGUGGAGCUCUGCCUCAAGGUGGUGGUCUCCCUGACGGUGUACGGCCUGUUCAUGGUGGACGGCUUCUACAACGUGCUGUGGGAGAAGCUGGAUGAUUACGUGUAUUACGUGCGCUCCACGGGCAACGUCAUCGAGUUCCUGUUCGGCGUCAUCAUGUUUGGGAAUGGCGCCUACACCAUGAUGUUUGAGUCGGGCAGCAAGAUCCGUGCCUGCAUGAUGUGCCUGCACGCCUACUUCAACAUCUACCUGCAGGCCAAGAACGGCUGGAAGACCUUCAUCAACCGCCGCACCGCCGUCAAGAAAAUCAACUCUCUGCCCGAGGCGCGCGGUGCGCAGCUGCGCAACAUCGAGGACGUGUGCGCCAUCUGCUACCAGGAGUUCUCGACCUCGGCCCGCAUCACGCCCUGCCACCACUACUUCCACGCUCUGUGCUUGAGGAAAUGGCUGUACAUCCAGGACACCUGCCCCAUGUGUCACCAGCGGGUGUACGUGGAGGAUGAGAGCCGGGACCAGGGCACCUUCUCCAACAACAACGGGGGCUACGCCGCGCAGCAGGAUGCACCCAAUGUGGCUCCCCCGCCCCCGCUGGAGCGGGGCCAGCCGGACGCCGGGCCCCUGGCAGAGGGAGCAGAGGGAGCCGAGGCCCCAACUGUUCGGGCAGGAGAGCUAGCGGAGGAGGAGAACGAGGCGCUGGAGGAUAACGAUAGCAUUGAGUACGAUGAGGAGGAGUGGGGGACUCAGAACGGCAGAACGCCUCUAGAGGAAGACUAUAUAAACGAUGACACAGACUCUACCGGGGACUGACCUCUACAAAUCGAUAAAGUUAGAAAUAUCUUUAUUAUAUUUAAGUUAAAAAAAAAAAAAAGAAAAAACAACUUCAGCAUCUUACUUUGUUUUUGAAAACAUCAGGGAUGUUGCUUCCUUUCUUUUUUCUUUUUAGAGUUUAUUUCUUUUUAGACCUUGGAGUUUUGCUCGACAAGGGCUUGUUGAACAUGAAAGUGCUGCUCUGGUUCUGUGUGUGCGUGCGUGUGUGUGCAUGUGUGUAUGUGCGCAUGUGCGCGUGCCGGGGCUGCACAGUGUAGACCAAAAACUCACAAAUCUUCAUCAAAUUAGUUUUCCCGAAUAUUGACGUUUCGAUACAAAUCGACAUGAAAACACGACUCUACUCACGACUACUCACGACUCAUUUGGGUCGUCUCUCUUGCAGCGCUUCGAGGUAAGACAUUGAAAUAGAAACGGUUCUGUUUUGGCCGGUUUGAUUAAAAUAAACAAAUCUCCAGUAUGUAACUUGAUUUGUGGUGAAUUUCCUCCAUAGAACGAGUAAGGCCUCUUGUUGGAAUCAAAGCUAACUCUAUAGAACGGGGCCUCCGAUGGCGUAGGGGGCUAAGGCGCUGUUCUGCACAUCUUUGCGUCAUGCUGCUGGGGCGUUCGAAUCCCAGCCGUGUCAUUUCCAACCACGGCCGGAGGUCCACGUGGGUGGGGCAUUAAUUGGCCAGCCUCACCUGGGGAUAUAGGGGUCUAGGUUGGACUAAGUUCUGGGUUCUCGUCACUCUCCAGCGACCACUCUGGUUCGUCUGGGCGCCUGCAGCUAAGCAAAUAGAAAGUACACUCGCUUUGUCUCUCCUCCGCAGCUGGGCAGUGUCUCUACCUCCGCGAGGUGGCAGUGUGUCAAAAAGUGAGGGCUUGUCGUCGCGUGACUUGGAGGAGGCGGGUGUCACGGCUAUCUCCUUCCCGUCGACGGCAAACUAGAGAGGUUUGCAGCAUGGUUGGUGCUAGAUCCAGCGGUGUGUAGGCACGGAAGUAGACGUGAUUGGUUGUUGGUCAGGGUUAGGGUUUACACUCUUUUUGAAUUUCCGUUGUUAGCGAGCGUUAACGUUAGCUAGCGUUACGGUACGAUCUGGCAGUGUUCAGGUCAGUUGUAAGCUAGCUAGCUAAAUGUUUCAGUGUGCAUCGUUUGUUUCAAGUCAGUGCGCUUCGAGGUUCCGCGCUGUCUUAUUGGCCGAAGCAACAGCCAAUCACGGCUACUUCCGUGCCUGCACCCCGUUGGGCCUAGCAUCAACCUUACAACGUUGGCGGUUCUGCUUCGGGAGGGGGGAGGAGUCGGCUUGCGGACGUAUCUGUGUGUGUGCUGGAGGUGCAGUGGUUCGGCCUGGAUUCGCCUCGCCACGAAGCCGGCCAGAGAGAUGCGGCUGGCGAACGCAUACAGCCCGAGGGUGGGUGUUUGAACUAGAAUAGGGAUCGAUUGGCCACUAAAUUGGGAGAAAUCAGAAAUAAAUUAUAAUACAAAACUCUUUAUAGAAUGAAGUAAAGCUGGUGAUUUACAAGUUGCAGUAGUGGGUUGUGAAGCCCUGGUGGGAGGGUGUGUGUGUGUGUGUGUGUGUGUGUGUGUGUG